AUGCCAAACAAGUCCAUGAAGGAACAAGAAACUAAGGUGGAGCACCCUAGCCCCCCGAAUGAGCCCGGGGGGCCGUUGGAAGAUAAAAAUGGGUGCUCACCUUUUGUUCCCGGUCACUGGCGUGGACGUUUUGGUCGACCGGAGCACCCUGGCCCUCCACUUGAUCCGGAGGGCCUUGUGGAAAACAACGGGUGCUCGGCAGGACCAAAUGAGGUAAGAUUUUUUUGUUUUGGGAACUGCUUUACUUUAGUCUAAAGUAAAAUAAUUUUAUUGAUCAUUUUAUUUUCAGCCAGCCCCCCGAACAAGCCCAGCGAUUUAUAUUUGUACCUAAGAUUCAAAAAUGUUCCCAGUCAGUUGUUCCUAGCGGAUGUCUACGACGAGAUUAUUGCCCCGGCCUGCCCCUACGCCCGAAAACACAACCUCUUCAGCUGGCCAAAGCCCUCGGAACCCAUCCCGAGGUAAGUCUUACCAUGGAUAAUAUAAAAUUUUUGACAAGGAAAGUACUUCAAUGGGCUAUCGAGUUACAGGUCGAGUCAUAUAUCAAAAAAAUCGCAAAAUUUUUCUGAUUCAGAAUAUGUAAAAGUUAGCUACCGAUUUUGGUUUGUAAAGGUGAAAAAACCCUCAGAAGUUUUCUCGCAACACCACGCAAAUGCCUUUUUGACAAAGUUUUUACCAAAUCAAAAGCUUUGUUUUGAGCUAAAGUGAACCUUGGCAUCUUGACAAGCCUUAAAAUAUCAAAUUUGAUUAAUACUACACCUUAAUUAGUAGUUCCAAUAUAAAAAAGCGGCAUUUGUGUGGUGCUGCGAUAAAAGUUCUGAGGAUUUUUUCACCCUACAGUCCAAAAUCAGGCAGCUAACAUUUACAUAUUCUGAAUCAGAAAAAUUUUACGUUUGUUUUUGAUCUAUGACUCGACCUGUAACUCCACACCCCGUAGAAGUACUUUCCUCGUCAGAAAUUUCAAAACUUUUCUCCUAAUUACGGAGAAUUUUCUUGGAUGGGGAAAGAGUUGACUCAUCUUGGUCAAGUCUUCCUCUCUAGACGAAAAAUGCAACGUUGCAUAGCUUUGGUUUGUUGCAGGAGGAGCGGGCUGUAUAACAACAUGUUCGGAGCUUUUAUGAAUCAGUUUUGUUGUUUUCGGUUAAAAUUAUUGAUCUUAUGUCAUGUGUAAUAUAAUUUAUCUUUGAUACUUUCAGAAUAUUACCCAAUCUUCACCGUGGAGACUCGUGAGUACCUAAACAACCUCCAUAUUGAUCUUCGUCACUUCCUCAAUGAGUUCGUUGACUUUGUUUAUUACAACAAGCCGAUUUGUGAGGCUUGUAUCCGGCCAAUGUUGAUCUUCGCCCACGACAAUGAAUUGGUCUACUUGAAGGGUAAAAUGGAAGCAGUAAGUUGUUGUUGUUGUUUAUUGAAUUGUUUGAAGUUUAGGCGAUUGCCAUGCAGCCCCCAAUCUCCACAAAUAUCAUGAGAGAGCACCUUUCUUUAGCCUCAAAGUAUGGGCUCGACAAUUUGUUGCGGACGACUUUGGUCAGAGCUGAAGGGCAUUACAUUACGGUGGCUCAAGCCUUGGUGGGACAGUCUGGAAUUGUCAAUGAGCUGACGAUUCCAACGAUGAGAAAAUUGGCUGAUCGAUUGUGCACUGGAUGGUCGUUGAUUAAUUGGAAAAUGGCCGAGAGGUAAGCUUAUUUUAGGCCGUAUUUUAGAAAAAUACGGCUGAAUAGAGAACAUAGGUCGUGCUUGACGUUAUGCUGAGAGAUUUUAUGGCUUUUUACGUAGAAAUUAGAUAUUUUUUAAAGGUCAAUUGUAUUUUUUUUAAGUUUGUCCUCAUUAUUAUUAAGAUCUCGUUUAGAACACCCACCACGAGAAAUGUACGCCGAAUUUUCCUGGACGAAGGUGGCCCAGUGGGCCCAACUGCUAAUCCGACGUUUGAAUCGUUCUAUGGCUAUUGGAAAGGAAAAAUGGAAGCAGUAAGUUCCAUCAGCCAAUGUUUUACGUUUUUUUUGAUCACGGGGUUUAGUUUCGGGAUGUUAUAGUAGCUGCACGUCAAGAAAACCUAGAACAAGAGCGCUCAAGCAAUGGGAAAUUCUUGGCAUUCUGUUUUAGCUGAAAGAUAAGUUUUUGCUCCAAAGGUAACCUGAUUACACAUGGAAGAUGGGUGUAGAAUGGGUUUAUUGCAUACAUAAAUUUGAAGCUGGACUUCUGCUUAACCUCACCAUAUAUGUUUCAUAGGAAAAAAUCGGUCGUCUUCUAUCUGUUUGAAGCCUAAACUUACAACGCACAUCAACCAGAAAAAAAAAGUUUCAAAUCGGGAAAACUGUUUGCAACACUUUGUUGGAUGCCCAAGGGUAGCUCAAACAAAGAAUUAGAAACGAGCCGGACUGACCAAAGAAUAGUAGAUUUGAAAACCUUAUUUUAGACAUCUUUGCUACUAAAUCGUUUCGUAACGAAGCAAUUACCUUUUCCCUAUGAGCAUAAUUAGAGUAGUUUUGGAGAACAAUAAGGAACCCUAUGUCCUAUACUAGCUUACUCACUCAAAAUUCCAAAAAAAAACUGAUAUUUAGGUGAAUAAAAUAAUAUUUUAAAAAUCGGUAGAUUUUAACUCAGCUAGGUCCACUUUGAUCUAAAAAGUCAGUAAGAGCAUAAUUUCUGGCAUCCGCGACAUUUUGGAAGCUGUUGUGAGAACGUUGCUUUAGGUGAUAGUGACCAUUUUUGAAAUCGGCGCAGCAAGGUUGAAACCAGCUCCAAAAGUUGAGCGUAGCCUUAGAAAGCAAUCUCAAUUCACAUAGAUAGUUUUGAUCAGGCUUAAACUUCUGUUAUUUUUUCAUAAGAUAAGGUAUGCUACUAUGUAUAAGGUAAACCUUUUUUCUCGGCAUGGGAGUUGAAAUUUUUGCAAUUAUUCUCCAUUGUUAUGAGAUAAUAUGGAUCAUUUAUUUGACUAUUUAACGCUGUCGGACAUUAAAACUUGAAUAAAGUAAUAUGAUCCAUAAGGUAAAAAAUUUAAAACCGAAUCUACUUUUUUAUUAUUAGACCGAUUUGCUUCAAACUUUUCAUGCUAUCUUAGAAUACGAUAUUCUGAAGAUCGUUGCAAUCGCUUUUCAUGUUUCAAUAGUUUUAGACAAGUUAUUGGGCCGCAAAGUUCGCAAAAAUUCGAUUUUCUCCGGCGUUUUUCCGCGAACCCGGUGGCCCAAAGGCGCCAAGAUCUACUAAUUUAAAAAUUAUGAGGCCUUGGCAAUAUUUUAAUCGCAGGUUCAUGUUAUUUUGUGCAUUACCCACUGCACAGUCAGCUAAAACAUUAGAGCUCCUUAAAAAACCGAAUGCCAAAAAUCUUGGCAUUCUGUUUGUGGUUGAUGUGAGCCGGCUUUCGGAUGAUUAUCCGGGACAGAUACGCUUUAGGAAGCACUGACCACCUUUGUCAAGGUGUUUAGAGAUAUUUUUAUAGUGUUGUCACUGGUGUUUUUACGUGUUAAUUUUUUAUUUUUCAGAGAUCCUCUCUCGAUACCCACCACCGAAAGGAUGACAGAGAAAAAAUAAUUAAAAGGCAAAAAAAAAGAAGAGCCAAAAAAAAAAUUGAAAAGGCCAAAAAAAAAUAACAAAAAAGAAGAGCCAAAAAAAUUGAGAAGGCCAAAAAAAAAUAGAAAAAAAUAAAAAAAGUAAAAAAUGAAAAAAAUAAAUAAAAAAGCUUUUUUAAUUGACCCCUCAUCUAUUGUAUUUAAUUUUGCCCCCUCAUCUAUUGUAUUAUAUUUAAUUUUGACCCCUCAUCUAUUGUAUUUAUUUUGACCCCUCAUCUAUUGUAUUUAUUUUGACCCCUCAUCUAUUGUAUUUAAUUUUGACCCCUUAUCUACUGUAUUUAAUUUUGACCCCUCAUCUAUUGUAUUUAAUUUUGCCCCCUCAUCUAUUGUAUUAUAUUUAAUUUUGACCUCUCAUCUAUUGUAUUUAAUUUUGCCCCCUCAUCUAUUGUAUUAUAUUUAAUUUUGACCCCUCAUCUAUUGUAUUUAAUUUUGCCCCCUCAUCUAUUGUAUUAUAUUUAAUUUUGACCCCUCAUCUAUUGUAUUAUAUUUAAUUUUGACCCCUUAUCUAUUGUAUUAUAUUUAAUUUUGACCCCUCAUCUAUUGUAUUAUAUUUAAUUUUGACCCCUCAUCUAUUGUAUUAUAUUUAAUUUUGCCCCCUCAUCUAUUGUAUUAUAUUUAAUUUUGACCCCUUAUCUAUUGUAUUAUAUUUAAUUUUGACCCCUCAUCUAUUGUAUUUAAUUUUGACCCCUCAUCUAUUGUAUUUAUCUAUUGCAUUUGUAUUUAAUUUCUAUUGUCUAUUGUAUCUAUUGUAUUUGUCUCAUCUAUUGUAUAAUAUUUGUAUUUAAUUUAUCACGAUUUUUUAACAUGUAAGUUAUCGGUUUAUACUUGUUUUAGCGUAGUCUUUAAUCUCAAAUUAUAUGAUUCAUCUUUGCAGAAAAUGACCCCGGAAAGCAAUGGAUCCUUCGAAAACUGCACCAAUUUAACAACGUCACUCCCGGCCCAGGACGGCACCUACAUGGCCGAAAUCCAAACCAACGAUUUAGACAACAUGGAAUGUAAGUUUUGAUGGUUUUUUUGUAGUUGAGGAUAUUAGGGAACUGUUCGGAUUGUUGUCACUUGUUUUUUGUGGUUCUUCAAUUGAUCACUGUACUUUCAGAUAUUGCUCCAAGAUUUCUUCACUGCUUUUCGGAUGUAAAAUAAAAAAAAAAAAAUAAAAAAAAAUAAAAAAAAAGGAAAAAAAAGAAAAAAAAAUAUAAAAAAAAGAAAAAAAAAUAAAAAAAGGAAAAAAAGAAAAAAAAUAUAAAAAAAAGAAAAAAAAAAUUUUUUAAGUAUCCCGUAUCCUUCUUCUCUCUUCUUCUCUUCUAAUUUUACUCGCCUAAUAGUUUACCGCCUAUUUAUAUCAAUGUAAGUUGUUAUUUCAUUCUUGAAUUUAUCCUGGAUUUUUCUUAAAUUAAUGAUCUAUUUUUUCAGAAACCCAUCUCUCGAAUCAGUGAAUCUUUGGAACACAUUUCCCGACCCUACUUUCAAUGUCCCAAUUCCGGCCCAGGACGGCACCUACAUGGCCGAGACCCUAACCAACGAUUUAGACAACAUGGAAUGUAAGUUUUGAUGGUUUUUUGUAGUUGAGGACAGAGAUUGCCACGGCUUCGGAGCCGGCUCUUGGCUCCGGCUCCGAGCCGGGAGUCAGAGCCGGACCCGGAAAUUUUGGGGUCGGCUCCCGAGCCCAAAGUCGAAGCCAGGCUUCUCAGCGUUCAGAAAAGUAAAAAUUUCGUGAUCUUGUUAAACCAAAUUGCUUGAAAAAUACUGGGAAGGGUGUGUUGCAUACGACUCGGCUGCAAAAACCUUGGGUGUAUGAUCUCUGGCACUAAUAACUUCUAUUUUUGGAAAUGUAUUUUUUUAAAAAUCGGUAGCCGAAAUUUGGAGCCGGAGACCUUUUUAAAUUUUUAAUGGGAGCCGGAGCCGAAAUUUUGACCGUGGCAAUCUCUGGUUGAGGAUAUUAGGGAACUGUUCGGAUUGUUGUCGCUUGUUUUUUUGGUUGUUCCUCAAUUGAUUAUUUUAUUUUCAGAUAUUGCUCCAAGAUUUCACUGCCGUAUCCAUAAUGUUUACCACCCAUUUUUUACUAUGUAAGUUGUUGUUUCACCCUUGGUUUUAGGCUGGUUUUGUUUCAAACUAUAUGGUGUAUAGUUUCAGACACCUAAACAUCACCUUCAUUUACGCCACAUUCCCCGUUCCAUUUGCAACACCCAUCCUUCCCUCCCACUCGCACCGCACUCCUCCUCCAUUCCACUCGCACCACAAUCCUCUCCCAUCACACUCUCUUCAGAAUGUAAGUUUCGUGGUUUAUUGGUAG